ACAUCACAUUAUUUCAUAAUUACGAGACUCCUCACUCUCACUCUAUUUCCUUUUGACUUUUUGAUAUCAUCAACUUGUUCUUCUCUCUGCUUAUCCACCCAAACAAGAAAACACAGUUCCACUCACUCACCAUUCAUUUGUGUUGUAUUAUUGUAACCAAAUUAAAAAUAAUUAAAAAAAUGGUGGAAACAACAACAAUAGUAAUGUAUCCAGCACCAAGCAUAGGUCACAUAAUUUCGAUGGUAGAAUUAGCCAAACUUCUCAUUAAUUAUAAAUUUUCAAUCACAAUUCUUCUCACAACUGGCUUUCUAGACCAUCCUUCUAUAGAUUCAUACAUCAACCGUAUUUCAACUUCUCACCCUUCCAUUUCCUUCCUCCGUUUUCCCUCCGUUACCGUUACUCACUCCAACACUCAAUCCUUAGCCGCCACCGCCUUCCAAUUUAUCAAAACAAACGCCGUCAACGUCCAAUCCUUACUCCGUCAAAUAACUGCCAAAACCGUUAUCAAUGCUUUUAUUAUCGAUCUCUUCUGCACUUCCGCCAUGGAAAUAGCUUCCGCCAUAGGAAUUCCUGUUUACUACUUCUUCACUUCAGGAGCUGCUGUUCUCUCUCUCUAUUCCUACUUCCCGAAAAUUCAUACUCAAACGACGGCUUCUUUUAAGGAUAUGGCUGGAGUUGAAAUUCACGCGCCGGGAAAUGCUGCGUUGAAUGCGACGCUGAUGCCGGACCCGGUGCUUGAUAGGGGAGAUCCUGCUUAUUGGGAGAUGUUGUAUUUCUGUGAGCAUCUUUCGAUGGCGAAAGGAAUUGUUGUGAAUACUUUUUGUGAACUUGAAGAUGUGGCGGUUAAGGCGGUUGAAGAUGGUGCGUGUUUUCCGGAUCUCAAACGAACUCCUCCUUCUGUUUAUUGCAUCGGACCGUUGAUUGCUGACGCUCAACAAUCAGAUGAAGCAAGGGACAACAAAGAUUGGUUGUCAUGGUUAGAUAAACAACCGAGUAGAAGCGUGGUCUACUUGUGUUUUGGAAGCCGUGGAACGUUCACUGUGACACAAUUGAAGGAAAUAGCUGAAGGAUUGGAGAGAAGUGGACACAGAUUUUUAUGGGUUGUGAAGAGGCCAAUACAAAAUCAACUCGGAGUGAAACAAGUUCACGAUACAACAAACGACUUUGAGUUGGGUUCUGUUUUUCCAAAUGGAUUUAUAGAGAGAACCAAAGAGAGGGGCCUGGUAGUGAAGUCAUGGGCCCCACAAGUGGAGGUUUUAAGUCACAAAUCGGUCGGUGGGUUUGUGAGUCAUUGCGGAUGGAACUCGGUGUUGGAAGGGGUGGUUGCUGGAGUGCCAAUGAUUGCAUGGCCAUUGUAUGCAGAGCAACAUGUCAAUAAGAAUGUGAUGGUGGAGGACAUGAAAGUUGCUGUUGGGGUGGAGCAAAGGGAAGGAGAUAGGUUUGUGAGUGGAGAAGAAGUGGAGAAGAGGGUGAGAGAGUUGAUGGAGUCUGAAAGAGGGAAUGAAAUAAGGGAGAAGAGUUUGAAGUUCAAAGACAUGGCUAGGGAUGCACUUGGAGAAUUUGGGUCAUCCACAAAAGCACUUGCCAACUUGGUUCAAACAUUGAACGAAAUCAAUCACUAAUAACCUAAUUCCAUUCUGAUUGUACUAUCACUCAUUGAUUAAUUGUUUAAAUGUGUAAUGGAAGUGGAACUGGAUGUUCUAUGCUAUUCUGUAAGGCAAAUUUUGCAUUUUUGUUGUUGUUUCAUGGCAUGAAAUGUAGACUCCAAUGUUCAAACUGCUCCUGCAUCAGUUUAGGUCCUGGUUUUUUUUUUUUUUUUUCAUUUUCCUCUCCUAAUUGCUUGAUAAAAAGUUAAUUCAAACUCACUGAUUAACUUUAGUGAUAAGCUAUGAAAACAGUUUGAUGAUAUUAUUAUUAUUUUAAUAACUGUUA